AUGCUGGACAUGAGCGCGCCGCGCGCCCCGCCGCCCCGCAGCCCGGCCGGCGCCCCCCGCCCCGCGGCGCACGUGGGGGACUCGGCCUCGGACGCGCCGCCGUCGCCGUCGCCGGCCGCCCCGGAGGGCCCGGGCCGCGCGGGGGGCGCGGGGGCCGCGGGGGGCGCGGGGGGCGCGGGGGCGCGGGGGCCGGCGGCGGCGGACGAGCGCUUCCCCGCCUGCAUCCGCGACGCGGUGUCGCAGGUGCUCCGGGGCUACGACUGGAGCCUGGUGCCCGUGCCCGUGCGCGGCGGCGGCGCGCUCAAGGCCCAGCCGCACGUGAAGCGGCCCAUGAACGCCUUCAUGGUGUGGGCGCAGGCGGCGCGCCGCAAGCUGGCGGACCAGUACCCGCACCUGCACAACGCCGAGCUCAGCAAGACGCUGGGCAAGCUGUGGCGCCUGCUGAGCGAGAGCGAGAAGCGGCCCUUCGUGGAGGAGGCCGAGCGGCUGCGGGUCCAGCACAAGAAGGACCACCCGGACUACAAGUACCAGCCGCGCCGCCGGAAGGGCGCCAGGGCCGGCCAGGGCGACGCAGACCCGGGCGCCGAGCCGGGCCACCCGCCGGGCGCGCCGUGCAAGCCGGAGGGGCCCCUGGGGGACGCGCCCCUGCAGGGUGACCGCGCAGGGCAGACCCACGGGCCUCCCACGCCGCCCGCCACCCCCAAGACGGAGCUGCACCCCGGGGCCAAGCUGGAGCCGAAGCCGGAGGGGCGCCGCCUGCUGGACAGCGGGCGCCACAACAUCGACUUCAGCAACGUGGACAUCUCGGAGCUGAGCAGCGAGGUCAUGGGCACCAUGGACGCCUUCGACGUGCACGAGUUCGACCAGUACCUGCCCCUCAGCGGCCACGCGGCCCUGCCCGCCGAGCCCGGCCAGGCGGCCAGCGGGUCCUGCGGGGCCGCCGGCGCCUGCUCGCUCGCCGGGGCCUCCCCGCUGUGGGCGCACAAGGGCGCCCCGGCGGCCUCCGCGUCCCCCGCCGAGGGGGCGCCCCCGCGGCCGCACAUCAAGACGGAGCAGCUGAGCCCCGGCCACUACGGCGACCAGGCGCGCGGCUCCCCCGGCCGCGCCGACCCGGGCUCCUACGGCGGCCAGCUCGGCGGGGCCACCCCCGGCGGGGCCGCCUUCGCCAGCCCGCCCUGCGACUACGCCGACCUGCAGGCCCCCGGCUACUACAGCCCGUACCCCGGCUACCCGCCCAGCCUCUACCAGCACCCCUACUUCCACUCGCCCCGCCGGCCCUACCCCUCACCCCUGCUCGGCAGCCUGUCCCUGCCGCCCGCCCACAGCCCCUCCAGCACCUGGGACCAGCCGGUGUACACCACGCUGACCCGGCCCUGA